GUACCACACGCGGCCGCUAGCGGCGCUGCCGAGCCCUGCAUCCCGCUCUGCCAAAAGAUGUGAAAAUGGCGGAGCUACAAAUGCUUCUGGAAGAGGAGAUUCCAGCAGGACGAGGCGCUCUCCUAGACAGUUUCACCAACUUGGAAAGAGUAGCGGAAUACUGCGAAAGCAACUAUGUCCAGUCUCCAGACAAGCAGAGGGCGCUGGAGGAGACCAAGAACUACACUACCCAGUCCCUGGCCAGCGUGGCCUACCUGAUCAACACGCUGGCCAACAAUGUGUUGCAAAUGCUUGACAUCCAGGCGUCGCAGCUGCGCCGCAUGGAGUCCUCCAUCAAUCACAUCUCGCAGACAGUGGACAUCCACAAAGAGAAAGUAGCACGGCGAGAGAUCGGCAUCCUCACCACCAACAAGAACACCUCCCGCACACACAAGAUCAUCGCCCCGGCCAACCCAGAGAGGCCCGUCCGCUACAUCCGCAAACCCAUCGACUACAGCUUGCUGGACGACAUGGGCCACGGAGUCAAGUGGUUGCAAAGGUUUAAGGCCAGCGCUCAAAACAUGAAAACCGGAGGAAGCGCCCUGCCUCGCACCAACCCCCCCACACAGAAGCCCCCCAGCCCACCUAUGUCAGGGAAAGGGACCCUUGGGCGCCACUCCCCCUUCCGGACGCUUGAGCCGGUGCGUCCUCCCGUUGUCCCUAACGACUACGUCUCGAGCCCGACGCGCAACACGGCGCCCCCCCAGCAGAGUCCCGCACGCACUGCAUCCGUUAAUCAGAGGAACCGCACGUACAGCAGCAGUGGGAGCAGCGGAGGAAGCCACCCCAGCAGCAGUCGCAGCAGCAGCCGAGAGAACAGCGGCAGUGGCAGCGUGGGCGUGCCCAUCGCCGUGCCGACGCCUGCCCCGCCCACAGUAUUCCCAGGUGCGCCUCAGUUCUACAGCAUGAAUCGCCCGGCGCAGCAGCAGCCCCAGAACCCCCAGGUCGGGGGGUCCCUGCCGUUCCGCCGGCCCUCGUCGGUCACGGGCCAGCCCAACACGGCCCACAACAACCAGAGCCAGCUGAACGGCGGGCCGCACUUCGCCCAGAACCAAGYAGGCCCACACGCGCCCCCUCCCCCAUCCAUGCAGAUCACCCCCCAGCUGCCUCUCAUGGGCUUUGUGGCCCGAGUUCAGGAGACUAUUUCAGACGUGCCGCCGCCACCUCCGCCCGCUGACGAGCCGGUGUUCGAGGAGCCCACCCCGCCCCCGCCUCCGCCUGAGGACUAUGAGGAUGACGAGGAAGAAGAAGAGUCGGCGGUGGUGGAGUACACCGACCCCUACGCCGAGGAAGACCCACCAUGGGCCCCACGCAGCUAUCUGGAGAAAGUGGUGGCCAUUUACGACUACACUCGCGACAAAGAAGACGAGCUGUCCUUCCAGGAGGGCGCCAUCAUCUACGUGAUCAAGAAGAAUGACGACGGCUGGUUUGAGGGCGUGAUGAACGGGACCACGGGUCUCUUCCCCGGUAACUAUGUGGAGUCCAUCAUGCACUACGCCGAUUGAGCAGCCCUCCUCUGACGGGAGCGGGCGGAGACUUGGAUCAGACGGAGCAUGACCUCCAUCCGAGCGCAGCUGUUCUAAAGGACACGACAAACUGAGGUCAUUCUUUCGACAUAGUUGUCGCCAUUGUAAAACAACCACUGCUCUAGAUAUAUCCUUCCUUGUAAUGUUUCUUUCUUAUUUGACCAAACAGGAGUGUUGUUAAGUUAUGAAGCCACUACAUUUUUCGUUUUUUGUUUUGUCGUUUACCAAGUCGCCCUUACUUUAAACAAUAUUUAUUUGUAGUCGAAGAAAGGGCUGGAGGAAAAUGCCUUCAUGUGUAGAUUUCUCCUCAACACUCCAGAGACAACAAGAUCCUCAAUAAGUGGGGGAGGGGGGUUGGGUUUCCAGAUUUCCAGUCGGGUACCUCAGGGACGGUGCCAAAGCUGAGCAAGACAAGCACACAGGAUGUCUCAGCGCGACAUCUGUAGGCAAACGAGUGCUUCAAGGUGAGAGUUUGGAUUAUUUUCUGCAAAGUUUUAUUUGACGAAAUGCAACGUUUCAGGCAGUCAGGUCGAUUCGGGCUUCACUUCGCAAGCCGGAGUGCGAUUUCCGAAGAGAAGGAAUCCUCAUCCAGCCCUGGAAUAACACGAGUUUUUUGAAAGCGCAGCAUUUAUUUUUCUUUGAUAAUUUUUAUUUUUUUCUCUUUUUAUGGUUUUGCUUGCAGAGCGUCAGACUGCAUGUUUUCUUUCCUAUUGAUUACCGUCUUAAUAUUUUCAGAUAUGGUGUGGUUUGGUUUUUCUAUAUUCGCCCUCUUACGCAGACGACAUCAUAUCUCGGUCAUCUCUCAGACGCUUGUGCCAUAUUGAAGUGUGUGUUGCUGUUCAGAGGUUAUCACUUCAUUUGCAAUAAAACUCGCCGGUGGCGGUUCGAGGGUGGGACUGGUACUGAAAUGCAAAACUUUCUCAGCUUCUCCCCCCCGAGUCGUUUCAAAUCAAAAGCACAUAUGUUUGUAAUAAAAAAAAAGUGUAGAAGAAGAAAUAAUAUAACUGUGAGAUGUAUUAUGUCCUCACAAAGGGACUUGUUGAAUAUGAAAAGAAGCCAGCUGUCGUGUUGAAAUGGUUUUAGCGGCCAUACCAAGUAAAAAAAUAAAAUAAAAUUCACUUGUCCUCCGUAUAGUUCAAUACGCUUGGCCGUUGGGUGUUUCCACCAUGUCGGAAUCUUUAUUUUUUAUUUUAAAUGGAGAAAAAAAAUAAAAUAAGUGGGUCUGUAUGUGAGUCUUGCAUGCCAUUGUUCUUAUCUGUAAACCUACAUGGCGAGAUCACCCAUUUCUAAGAAAAAGACGAACCGCCCUGACCAGUAUCAACCAGCCUCAUCCAAAGAGACUGUCUAACUUCAAGCCCACGUCCGAGGAGUCGCUCUCCGACCUGAAAGUAGCCGUCAUUACGUCACCUGUGGACCAUUAUGUGCAAGCUGCUAGUGAAUCCAGCAGGCGGGAUAUUUACGUAACACUACAUAGAUGACACUAAACGGUCAAAACUUACAUGUAAGGCCUUUGGCCUGCAGGAUUCACAACCUUCUGGAAUCACGGAUGUCCCUUGGGACGUCAGGUUAACAGUCCAUAAUGCCAUUGUGUUGCACAGUCAAAGUUGAAUUGCAGAAGUAUCAUAUUUGUAAAAUCAUGAGAACAAAGACAAUAAAGUUAUUAAGAUUUACUGGUG